GGCUGCCAAAUUAUCUUUACUUAGUUGUUAUUGGCUAUGGAAGUAGGGUAGCUCUGUAGCAUUAUCAAGUUUCCAUUUUUCUUGGGAAUGAAUGUUACUGCUUCCAGGACAAUGAUGAGAGAAGGAAGAUCACUCCAUUCCAGAUCUCAUCCUUUAGCCCAAGUCUUGAUACCGAGGGAAUCACCUGGCUCCAGGGGUAGUUGCAAACGUGUGGUGAUUGUUAUGGAUGCAUUGAAGGAGUUCUCCAUGGAGCCUCUUCAAUGGGCACUUGACUGUGUGAUCGAGGCUGGAUGUUCGGUUACCCUCCUCGGAGUCUUGCCUUGGAUUCCUUUCCCCUUUUCGUGCAAGAUAGGUUUAGAUGUAUGGAGGCAUGUUCUUGAAGAUAUGCGAGGUCCUAUGGGGAGGAAGAGUGGAGCGAGAAAUGAUCCGAAGAAGCAUCAGAAGAUUCGGGGGAUAAUGGAUCUUUGUAAACAGAAACAGGUGGUUCCUUUGAUGAAAGUGGCAAUGGGGCAUCCCUUCAAGCUUGUGGUUCUUGAGCAAACUACAAGCCUUCAUGCUACCUUUGUGGUUCUUGACAGACAUCUAAGGAGACACAAAGCCUUCUUUGAGGAGAGGCUGCCAAGCAGCGCGGUGAUGAUGAAUCGGCAUGGAGGGGUAGAUGUGAUCAAGAUUAAAGCAAGAACAGAUGGUUUUGAUUCGGCGGUGACCGGAGAUUCUUCGGCGACCAUAGUUCCGACCCCGGAAGUUAUUAUAUCCGAGGAGCUGUUGGAACGGCUGAGGCGGCAGACGAGCAUUUGAAAUGUGAAAGUGAAAAAUCCUGUUUUCCCCCCACUACAUAUUGGAAAUAGAACAACUUAAUUUAGUGGAGUUUAGAGCUUGGAUUCAACCACAUUUCUUUCUAUCCUUCAAAGAGGUAGACCUUCAUUUUCCCUCUCCAAUCUUAAUUGACCAAAUAACAUUUUCGUGGAGGUGAGAUUCACUAAUGGAUGAAUUGGUAAGAACAUUAAAAUAGAGAAUAACAAUGUGGUUGAAGUUUUUUUCUUCAUUAAGGGUCUGUCUAUGUGGUCUAUUUCAAAACUAUUGAAAUUUCGGACAAUCGAAGAAGUUUAGAGAGUGAUCAUAUGAGUUCAUGCGAGUUACACCGUUGAAAUAUGGCUUCCCUCUUCGGAAGGGUUAGGGGUCCUUACAUAGUCGAAGUGUUGGUGUUCUUGUCCUACAAUCUGUUAACGUUAUCUCGUCAUGCUAUUCAAAGGAGUAUGCCUUGGGAGUAUGCAUAGGGAUAGGGCACCAAAAAUUGUGGAGACAAGAGCUUUUCUCUUGAACAGCAUUAUCGAAAUCGAUUGUCAUAACAAAAUUGCAAAAUUCGA